AUGGCACGAAAUCAACCAACAGUGGAAGUACCAGUUAAUGUAAAUGUUAAUCCUGGGCAAAACGGUGGACUUUCCAAUCCCGUUACUGAAGUGCCUUCUUCACAGGUAUUUGAUGACCCAACUUUUGAAAAUGUUUUUACUGGAGUUAAUAGAAUUCCAAUUGGGAAUCAGCAUUAUGGGCAAAAUCAAAGUUUUUAUCAAAGUAUACCAACUGCAAUUCCUAUUGGAUCAGGAGUUGGAAAUAAUGGGAAUAAUAUCCCAAAUGUGUUCAAUGCAAGGAUUGAAAACCAAACUCUUAAUCCAAAUAUAAAUAGGAAUGAUAAUAGGAAUGUUCCAAAUAUGGCUAGUGUUGACCCAAACAUGUAUGGGUAUGAUCCACCAAAUAGAAUGAGGCAAGAUUACCCUUAUGGGUAUGACAUGAGACCAGAGAUUCAUAACCAAACAAGGAGAAUACAAGAGCCCUACUUCAGGGCUCAACUCAUGAAUAUCAUGCAAGAUAUGUAUGGUCCUGGACUUAGAAGGAUUGAAAAACCUAUGUUCAAAAAAUCUUAUCCAAAUUGGGUAGACAACGUGCUUUUUCCUAGGCAUUAUAGAAUCCCAGAUUUAGUUCUUUUCAAUGGAGAAGAAAAUCAAUCAACCGUGGAACAUGUGGGAAGAUUUUGCCUACAAAUAGGUGAAGCAGACUUGCAGGAAGCUUUGAAAUUAAAACUAUUCCCUCAUUCUCUUACUAGAACUGCAUUCUCAUGGUUUAUAAGUUUACCUCCAAAUUCCAUUCAUUCUUGGAGAGAGAUGGAAGAACAAUUCCAUAGUCAGUUCUUUAGGCAUGCUCCAGAGAUUUCAGUAGCAGACUUGGCCAAAAUCAAACAAAGGCCUUCAGAGUCUGUCGAGCAAUACAUGACUAGAUUUAAGAAAGUCAGAAAUCAAUGUCAUUUUUAUAUUCCAAAGACCGAAAUAGUUAAAAUUGGCCAAGAGGGACUUGAGUAUGAUUUUAAGAAACAUUUUACUAGAACAAAAUUUAGGAAUCUGUUUGAUUUUACAUCAAAAGCCAUAGGAUAUGAGGCUAUUCUGAUGGGGGGUGAAUUUAGAAAGCGUAAAUCACUUGGAACAUAUUAUCAAGAUUUAGAAGGUGAUGUAGAAAUUGAUGUUGCCCAAGUAAUUGGUAAAGCCCCAAUUGUUUGUGAUACUUUAACAAAGGCUGAGAAGCCUGUGAAUAUGCCUUUAUUGCAUCCAAAUAGAAGGAAUCAAGCAAAUUUUAGGCAAUAUUCAUUUGAUUUGUCUAAAGCAGACCAAUUGUUUGAUGAGUUAAUCAAUCAAAAAAUUGUAACUUUGUCAGCAGGACAUAUUAUUCCUCCAGAAAAGGAUAGGAAAGGAAAAUAUUAUUGUAAAUGGCAUAAUUCCUUUAGACACAAUACUAACAAUUGUGUUACAUUUCGAAAUUGUGUACAGGACCUAAUUCAGAAAGGACUGUUAUAG